AGACUAAUCAGCUAUAAUAUUGGACCUGUAGUUUUUGAAAGAGUUAAUUUCAUUUAAGCAUCAAUGUACUGUGAUAAAACAAGACAUUAUAUUACUAUUCGGGCUAACCUGAUCACCGUUGUAACAGGAACUAGCAUGAACGAACUAGUAAGGCAGACUUAAGAACGAGCUCGUGGUUGUUUACACUUGGUCAAUGUAAACUCUCGACUUCCCCGCCGAGAAAAACUUGGAGAGUUCGCCAUGAUCGGCACACACAUCGAAUUGACAGCAAGCGAUAAAGGACGAAAACGUUCGAUCAAAGUUGUUGGAGUUACGUGACGACACACAACAGCCAAUCGCUCAUGGAGAAAAUGAAGGCGACAAUGGGCCAACGUCCAGUGACGAAAAAGAAAGUUACCUUCGUUCACAACCAAUACAAUUCGCCGUUGGACCUUUACUCAGCCGAUGAGGUGGCCCAAACUCUGCGACGCCAUGCUUCGUUGCUCUCCAAUGGAGCAGUCGGGAUAGAUUUCGGUUCUCUAUCGUCGCCAGUUUUGAAACGAUCAGAAGUCUAUAAAAUGUUGACCGAAGAGCAGCAGGAGCAGCAGGAACGCCGGCCUUGGCAAUUGCAUCAUAAAAAGUCAACGUCCUCUGAAAUGAAACGAGUUGCCUGGCCGCCAGUGUCCGCCGAAAUUGCCAAAACGAACGAAAACGACAACGGAAUCAUUGGCGACGACGAGGUUGAGCAGCGCCAUCAUCAAGACGCUUCUUAUUCAAACAGGUUCUCUACUACUAACAACCAGCAAAUGCCGAACGGUUCCAAAGUUGCACCACCAGUCCCGCCCAAACCGGGCGCCCGUGAAAUUGCCAAUGCUCAGCAAUCAGCCGACUACGAUAGUGACAACACGAUGGCAUCAUCAAACGGACUGCCAGAGGCAUUCGCUUCCAACGAGUUGGUGGGCGAGAGACUGUUGAUCGCCAAACCAGCCCCGCCACCUGGAUUGAUCCUCCUCAAGAAACACGCACCGAUUUCGCAAGAACCUCAAGCUGUCUUUAAUUCGCAGCCCGUUUUCAAACGAGCCACUCCAGUCCGAAUGCUCGGAGACAUGGUGUGGCCUCCAAAAGGGGCGGGCGGUGCGUCGGACAACUCUACACAGUCGCCCGGCCUUGUCCGUCGUCAACCCAAGAAUUACCAAGAAUUUUUCGGCUCCAAUCAGUUACCAGCAAAUUUCCCGACCUAUCGAGCUCCACCCGGCACCCAACAUUUCGGGCUCGAAGAAGGAGAAAACACCACGCCCAUGUAAAGGCCCAAGAAACGAUAUGGGGGAUUUAAAAAAGGCCCAAAUAGCCAUCCCUUUUUUUUUAAAUAUUUGAUUAGCCGCUUAUAAAAAAGGAUGGGAAAUUGUUCCAUACGAAUGCAACAUGGACGGGGGGUUUUUUGUUAAAAUUGUUACCUUGGAAAAUCAAACUGUGGUUUCCCGACGAUUUUUUAAAAUUUUACAUCUAUCGCUUUGUGAUAAAUAUGUAUUGGAAUGAUGAUUCGAUUUGUCUAGCGUGGUUCUGCAAACUAGCU